AUGAUUGGUUAUGAUAAAUUAUAAGUAUUUACCUACGAAUUGCUAUUCGUUAAUAAGAGUACAUGCCAAUUUUAAAGUAUCCCUAUGAGGUACUGGGUUUGGUUCCCGGUCGGGUUAAUGCAGGAGACUUUAUUUUCUUACUCGAUUCCAGUGUAGAUAAUGUAGUAGGUACAUGCAUCCCAACACCCUACUUUCGAAUAUCUAUGUUUCAAAUUCCAAAUGUAUAAAUAAGUUCUUUAGCUAUAUAAUUUUUUGGAGUUUGAGCAAUAUAUGUGAUGUUAUCUAAUAUCUAUUCAUUUAUUAUCAUUUUACUGAUAACACAGUAAUGUACUCAAUUUAACCGAUUUAAAAAAAUCGUAAUAAAAUUUCUCUUUAUUUAAUUUCACCAAAUUUUUUUUACGAGGUCGUUGCCAGCCGUGUCCAUUAAAAAGUAAAACAUACCCAUCAGAUUUUUUUCUUUAUCUCUCAUACAUAAUACUUUCUUAAAAAUAUCUGGCACCAAACUUAAAAAAAAAAAAAAAUUGUGUAUCCACAUUUAGUGUUUCGAUUUUAUUGAUGAUAAAAAAUUGUGGUGUUAUUUUUCUCUUUUCAGCCGUUUCUCUUUAUUACGUUUUUUUAAAGUCAAACAUACACAUCAAACUUAUAACCUCAAUGUUUUUAAACUCUGUUGAAAAUUACAAAAAUACUAUAUAAUACUUCUAACGGUUCUGUUUGUGACAGGCAAUAGGACGAUUUAUUAAAUUUUCUCUUUAAAAAAUCACUAAAAUUUUCAAUUUUUUCAAUUUCUUGUUUAUUUUACCGUUUUUAUAGUAAAAAUUAAUAAAUAUUUGUUUCACGUAAUCACGUUGUAGUCGAGGGAACUAUGCAGCACUUCACAAUAUUCGUGAUAGUUUUGAAGUAAUUAAUUUAAAACCGUUCUAACCUGUCUCUAUUUCAGGACAGACUUUUGCGUUUGCGUUCCCCCUUAACACCCUUACCUAGUUGCACAAACGUCAAUUAAGUUUUAAUCAUGAUUUUAAGCUCAAAUAAAUUUACUAAAUUUGAAAAUAUGUAGCUUAAAUACUAAUGACAAUUUAAAUGGUCGUUUGGGCAGGUGGGUAUUAUAAAUGAUACUUAUUAUACAAGCCCUUGCCAGGUACUUUCAUAAGCAAAAGAAAGUCAUUGAAGACUCUAUCGGUACUAUUCGACGAGUACGGGCCUGUCGUUCGCUUCGUGAGCCCUGUGGGUGGCGACAUCGUGUUGGUGAACCAUCCAGAGCAUAUUGAAAAAGUGUAUAAUAUGGAAGGAGAUUUUCCCGUUCGAUCCACACUAGACUCGUUGAACAAAUACAGAACGGAACAUAGAAACCAAGUUUGCGGUGGUUUUUAUACGCUCAAUGGUCAAGAGUGGUCCCGUCAAAGGGACAGAAUCUGUGCACCAAUGCAGAACGCCGUCAAUAUACACUUAUAUGGUAUCAGCGAUGUCUGUGACAACUUUAUCAAGAAGGUGUAUACCAUAAAGAACCACCAAGACGAAGUAUCGAAAGAUCUAUACUUAGAACUACAUAAGUGGGCAUUUGAUUGCAUAGGAUUAAUUGUAUUCGCUAAGAAGUUUACCAUGUUGGAAACGGAGCUAGUGUACAGUCAGUGUGACAUGUCGUGGCUGUACCACUGCUUGGAGAAAGCUACCGAAGCUAUAAUAAAGUGUGAAUCAGGCCUACAGCUAUGGAAGAUAUUCACAACUCCCGCUUGGCACUCGCUUGUAAAGUAUUGUGAUAGUUUAGACAGUUUGAUUGGAAAGCAUGUAAUGGAAGCAGAACAAUCGAGUGUAUUCAGAGAUAAUUUUAGGGAAAAUAGAAAUAAUUCUUUGAUAAAUUCAAUGCUGCUGGGCGAGGAAAAAAUGUCUACAGAAGAUAUUGCAACUGUCGUAAUGGAUAUUCUUUUGAUUGGCGUCAACACGAUAACUUCUUCCAUGUCAUUCCUCAUCUACCACCUCGCAAAAUACCAACAGGCACAGAGAAUACUAUAUGAUGAACUUAGAACCCUGCACAUUGAUCUGAAAGACAUCAACAAUAUCAAAGCGAUGACUCCAUACUUGCAAUCGUGUAUCAAGGAGAAUCUUAGAUUGGUUCCACCGAUUCCAGUUCUUACACGUAUCUUACCGAGGAAUAUAACAUUAGAUCGUUAUAACAUACCCCGCGGCACUCUCAUAAUAAUGUCAACACAAGACGCAGCCCUUAAAGAAAGCAAUUAUGAUGAUGCCACUAAAUUUAAACCGGAGAGAUGGCUGAAGGCAGACGCCAAAGAUUAUCAUGCUUUCGCCUCUAUACCAUUUGGUUACGGCGCUAGAAAAUGUUUGGGACAGAACAUUGCUGAAACUAUGAUGACACUGCUAACUAUAAAGAUGGUGCAAAAAUAUAAAAUGGAGUACCAUUACGGAGACAUUCAGCCCACAAGAACGUUCUUGGCUAAACCUAAUAAGCCUCUCAAGAUAAGAUUUAUAGACAGAAUGUAA